GAAACCCCCGUGUCAGGAUGAGGUAAUAGCUGGUUGAACAAAGUCUAACCCAGAAAAAGGUGAUAAAUAUUUGAGAAUGAUCGUUUUCAGUCAUCCGAUCCACAAGGCAGCCUUUCCAGCCAGGGACCACCUCGUUCUUCUGGCCACUGCUUUCAGGACAGGGCCAUUCUGCGGACCCACCAUGAUCCAGGCUGCCUUGCUCCUUGGCUGUGUCUUACUGUCCUCAGUGGUCGCCUUUCCAAGGAACACCCAGAAUGGCGCCCCGCCUGUUCAGUCGGCUGUCAGAGAGACUGAGUCUACAUCAAAUGUGCUCUCCGGGAAGAUCCUUCCUCCUCCAGCCCCUGGCACCUGCCAGGUCCUCCGGAACACAGUGCCCUCCUUAGCCCCCUUACCUGAGCACUUGUCCCUCUUAGCGCUAAAAGUGGCCCUGGAAGAUGUGGGCUGCCCUGCUAAGGCCCAGUAUCUGCAGCUUCAGCUCAGUGAAGUGGGCAGAGAGGAUGACACCAAAACCCUGGUCCUCCAGAGUCAAAUGCGCAGCAAGGAGAAGGCCAUUCUGAAGGGUCUGGGGGGAUUCCCUGGGGAACGGAGAAGGAUGCGGCGCUCAGGUACGCUGCCCGAGACGUGCACGGAUGAAAGAGCUUGGGUGCUCCACGAAAGUGCAUCGUUUCUUGCUGAGCUUGCUGAGAAGUUCCCUUCCAUCGACGUGGUAAGUGAGUUCAAGGCUUCUGUGGCCAAUGUCACCCAGAAGUGCACCAUCGAGUCUUGGGAACAUUUGGAAGAAGUACGCAUUAGGAUGAUGAAAAGCCCAGAAAUUAAGAAUGCCACACUCUCCAUAGAAGAUAAAAUCUACUUCACUUCUCGGCUGGCAGUCCUUCUGAAACGUGUUUUCAUGAGCCUUCUGUUGGAGUAUUUUUGGACUUAUGGGCCUCAAGUGAACUUUCUCAUAGCCAUUUAGGGAGUCUGCACACACAGACCAUGCGUAGCAUGGAGCGAGAUGCUAGCAGUAUUUUAUGAUUGACACACAUCUUCCUUUGAUUCGUGCGAGAACACUCUCGGUAUUGAGAUGUCUCUCUUUACCGAUUUAACACUUUCUAAUUCCCCAAAUGAAUGCUGUACCUCGGUGUGUUCACUUUCAUUUGUUUUGAGAUAUUAAAGGGGUGGUGUUUUGUUU